AGCUUUUCUUGAUGCAGAGUUGGAUUCUAUAUCUUCAGACUCAUCACCAAAUGAAGAAGAAGUUAAUGAUGAAUUCAAUUCUGAUUCAUCAGACUCAUCACCAAAUGAAGAAGCUGAGAAUGAUUCUGAAAUUGAGAGCCAGAGAAAGAAGCAAAGCGAUGCUGGGAUUUUCUACGUAUUUACAAAGAAAUAUAGAUAAAAAGGUGUAGAGUGGAGACAGUGGAGAACAUAGAGGAUCCUAAAGGAUCAACUUCUCAUGGUUCCCUAGAGCAGAACUUAGGUAAACUUCCUUUUUCUUCUUCUUUUAAAUAAAUGUUUGGUUGUGGUCUUUUAGUCCACCUGUACCCUACUAUCCAUGGACUUCUUGGCCACCAAUUGCUUAGCGUUAAAAUAUUUGGAUCUGAUUAUUCAACUGUUAAGAACAUUAUUUUUUUUUCUUUAUUCGAUUUAUUAUGAAAUUUGCUUGAUUUAGUAAAAGCUGAAGGAAUGUGCAAAUGCAGGAAUUAAAGAACAGAUUUGAAUUGGAUAAAAUCAAUAAAUUCAUGCUGAUGGUUUUGAACUUUUAUAGCCAGUAUAGUUGGUAACUGUAAGGUUAAGGAAUUAUCCCGAUUAAGUUUGUUUUCUUCAGAAGUUGGAUUGAUGCUAUCAACCUUGCUGAUUGUUUUAAUGUUUAAGGAUUUUUGAAUUGGUAAUUGUUUUUCAUGUGGCGGUGAGGGAAAGUUCAGAAAUAUAUCAUCUGGUUUAGCAAUUUGUCACUUGAAAGAAAAUGUUCACGUCAUUUUAGUAUCAGGAGAUUCCAUUUAUUGUUGGUUAGUGCAUUUUGGUUUGGUGUUUAUGUUUCUUCAACCAGCAGCUUAAAAUGUAUGUAUCAUUUUCAUUCCAUGAUUGUCUUUGACUUGAACAUGUUCUAUGUUGGUUUCAAACUACUUCUGACCUGUUGUUAUUUAGAAGUGUCCUCAAGUAAGGAUGCCUGCACACAUCCAGGAUCUUUUGGAGACAUGUGCAUACUCUGUGGGCAAAUGUUGAAUGAGGAAACUGGUGGUGUAACAUUUGGAUACAUACAUAAGGGGUUAAGGCUUGGUAACGAUGAAAUUGUGCGGUUACGUAGAACAGAUAUGAAGAAUUUGUUACGCCAGAAAAAGCUUUACUUGGUUCUUGAUUUAGACCAUACGUUGCUUAAUUCUACUCGGCUUAUGCAUAUAACAUUAGAAGAGGAAUAUCUAUAUAGUCAAAUAGAUUCUUUGCAAGAUGUUUCAAAAGGUAGCCUCUUCAAGUUGGACUUCUUGCAAAUGAUGACCAGAUUAAGGCCCUUUGUACGUAUGUUUCUCAAGGAAGCAAGUCAAAUGUUUGAGAUGUACAUAUACACAAUGGGUGAUAGAGCAUAUGCAAUGGAAAUGGCAAAGCUGCUUGAUCCUAGAAGAGAGUACUUUGAUGCUAGAGUUAUUUCACGUGAUGAUGGAACUCAGAGACAUCAAAAAGGUCUUGAUAUUGUGCUGGGGCAAGAAAAUGCUGUUCUGAUCCUCGAUGAUACAGAAACUGCAUGGACAAAGCAUAAAGGCAAUUUGAUAUUAAUGGAAAGAUAUCACUUUUUCGCUUCAAGUUGUCAUCAAUUUGGCUUCAAUUGUAAAUCUCUUUCUGAGCUAAAGAGUGAUGAGAGUGACAGGGAUGGAGCGCUUGCAUCUGUUCUUAAAGUUCUAAGGAAAAUUCACCAUAUGUUCUUUGAUGAGCUGGUGGACAAUCUUGAUGACAGAGACGUGAGACAGGUUUUGAAAAUUGUUCGGAAGGAUGUGCUGAAGGGAUGUAAAAUUGUCUUCACUCGAGUAUUUCCCACCCAAUUCCAGGCUGAUAAUCAUCAUCUCUGGAAGAUGGCUGAGCAGUUGGGAGCCACAUGCUCCAGGGACCUUGACACAUCAGUUACACAUGUGGUCUCCCAGGAUGCUGGGACUGAGAAGUCUCGUUGGGCUCUGAAGAACAAGAAGUUUUUGGUCCAUCCACGUUGGAUAGAGGCUGCAAACUAUCUGUGGCAAAGGCAGCCUGAAGAGAAUUUCCCUGUCAACCAACCAAAAAAUCAUUAGUUAAUAUCUUCGUAUAGCUGUAAACCAUUUUUGUAGUAAAAACCAAUUGAUCGUCUGGAGGUCUGGUUCCUGUUGGGAUUUUGGUUUCGAUG